GUGGCUCGUGUUCCCUUCUUGUCAUUUGCUUAUUUUCCCUUGUUUUAUUCAUAGCUUGCUUGCUUCAAGGUUGCUGGCUGAUUUUCCUUCUUCAAUUCUUCUGCUCCACCCGUGGUUCUCCCGAAAGUGAUUCGCAUUUCACAAGGAGGAGGAUUUAUAAACCUGGUGAAGCGCCUGGACUCUGGUUGGGCCCCGAUUUCUUCCCUCACCGUGUCAGAUCCCAUCCGUCCCUUUCCACUCGUAUCCUGCCCCUCCUCCUAUAUAACCGGCCGUGUUAUCUUCCUCCGCGACCCCUCCCUCUGUUUCUCUCAAUCUUACUUUUUCCUUUCAUCGAAGCAUCUUGCACAAUUCCCCUUCACUAAGCACUAUAUCCCCCCUCCCCUCUGGGAGCACACUUACCCCUCAAUCAUGUCAAUCAAACGGGCUCUCUCAAAAAUCAAAACAUCCAGAACCUCCAGUGGAGAUGAUGGUAACAGUUCCCCCUCUGUUUCCCUCUCCCCCCGUCGCAGCAUCUUCAGUAACAUUCUGCGCGAUCGCGACUAUGUUUCAUCCUCCGAUGACGUCUCGGAUGACUCCUCCGCGACGGGGGGCAUGAGCAAAAACCAACAGAAGCGCCUCGCUCGCAAGCAGCGUAAAGAGAGUUCGCGUCUCAGUGAGGAUCGUCACUCCGAGGAGUCAGACAUGCGCCACAAGGAAGAGAUUGCUACUGCUGCUCGCGAAGAGUCCGCCGAGAUGAAGGCUCGCUACGGCGAAUUACCCCUCAUGCAAUCCCGUACCCGCACCAAUGAGAAGCGGACCGGCUUUGGUGAGAUCAAUACUUCUCUUGUGGGCCAGGAGGUCUACUUCACGGCCCGUCUGCACAUCAUCCGUCGCAUGAGCGCAAAACUGGUUUUCCUGGUCUUCCGCCAGCAGCUAUUCACCUUCCAGGGCGUUCUGCAUGAUGAGCCAGGAGUGGUUUCUCUGGCAAUGGUUCACUGGGCGGAGCAUCUUCGCUUGGGCAGCAUCGUACGGGUCCGGGGCGUGAUUCAGGCGCCCCAGGUCCCCGUCUUGGGCUGUACCAUUCACGACGUCGAGGUUGCUAUCAAGGAGCUGCAUCUCGUUGUGCGUCGCGAGGAGCCUGUUCCAUUCAGUGUGUACGAGGCUGAGAUCCAGACUGCUGAGGAAGAGCGCGUGGAGGGUCGUCGCAGCCGCAUCCCCGAAAGAACCCGUCUCCUCAACCGUCUCCUUGACCUGCGGACCCCCACUUCGCAGUCCAUUUUCCGGAUCCAAUCCGCUAUCGGGAACCUCUUCCGGACCGCCCUGGACGAACAGGGCUUCAUCGAGAUCCACACCCCCAAGCUGCAAGGUUCUGCCACGGAGUCUGGCGCCAGUGUAUUUCAUGUUCAAUACUUUGGUCGGGAUGCAUUCCUGGCACAGAGCCCGCAAUUGGCCAAGCAAAUGGCCAUCGCGGCUGACUUCGGUCGAGUCUAUGAGAUCGGUGCCGUGUUCCGUGCGGAGAACUCCAAUACCCAUCGCCACUUGACCGAGUACACAGGGCUCGACAUAGAGAUGGCCAUUGAGGAGCACUACCAUGAGAUGCUCGAUGUGCUGGACGCGGUCAUCAAGAACAUUCUAGAAGGUGUUUACCGUCGCUACCGUCGUGAAGUUGACACCAUCAAGCACCAGUUCCCGUCUGACGAUGUUGUCUGGCUGGAGAAGACCCCAAUCCUCCGAUUCGCCGAUGGCAUAAAGAUGUUGAAUGACUCGGGAUGGCGCGAUGAAGACGGCAAUCCACUGCCUGAAGACGAGGAUCUGAGUACUCGCGAUGAGAUCCGCCUGGGUGAACUAGUCAAGGAAAAGUACGGCACCGACUACUACAUCCUCGACAAAUUCCCUGUGAAUGCCCGUCCCUUCUACACCAUGCCUGAUCCCGACGAUAGCCGGUAUACCAACUCCUUCGAUAUUUUCGUCCGUGGCCAGGAAAUUGUCUCUGGUGGACAGCGUAUCCACGAUCCGCACAUGCUGGAGGAGAACAUGAAACGUGUGGGCAUCAACCCAGAUACAAUGGAAGAAUAUAUGGAGGGCUUCCGCUGGGGAGCGCCUCCUCACGCGGGUGCUGGUGUGGGUCUCGAACGGCUGCUGAUGUUGCUGUUGAAGCUGGGCAAUAUCCGGUUGGCGUCGCUCUUCCACCGCGAUCCCCGUAGCUUCCCCGCAAAGCCACCUGUGAUGCAGCUCCGUCACCCUGAAUCAUCUACGAUUGAACCCCCUUGGGUGCGCGACAAGAAGAGCAACGUCGCGGAGAACGAAAGCGAGCUGCAGCCCCUCGAGCACCUGGUUGCGAACUACGGUGACGCUACUUCCACUUCUUGGUAUGACGAACGCUUCAAGAUCUGGCGUGACAUGGCCACUGGUGCGGCCGUUGCCUAUGUCGUGAGCACCAGCAACUAUGUGAUCAUUCCUGGAAACCCUCUGUGCGACACCCGCCAAUACCGUCAAGUCAUUAUUCAGUUCCUGCAAUGGCUGCGGCGCGAAACCAAGUACAAGCCCGUCUGGCUGCUUUGCUCUCCUGAGGUCGAAGACGUGCUGGGUGAGCGUCUUGGCUGGCGCACCUUGUCUUGCAUUGCUGAGGAGCGUGUGGAUCCAUCGCGCAACAUGGCUGUCGCGGAUGGCGAAAUUGCGCGCAAGAUCCGGCGUGCAGAGAAUGAAGAAGUGAAGGUGGUGGCUCUUAAGAACGGAGAAAUGGUGUCGGAUGAGGUGCGCGAGAAGAUCGACCAGCGCAUUCAGGACUGGCUGAACAACCGCAAGGGCACCCAGGUGCACCUGUCAGAAAUUCGCCCCUGGCGUGACCCUGAGCACCGCUGGUAUUUCUAUGCUGUGGACAAGUCGGGCACCAUUUGCGCCUUUGUGGCACUGGCCACUCUCGCACCUGUGCACGGCAUGCAGAUCAAGUAUAGUUUCGAUUUCCCGGGCGCACCCAAUGGAGUCAUCGAGUAUAUCGUCACGCAGGCGAUCCAGACGGCUGCUGCCGCCGGUGUCAAGUCUUUGACUUUCGGUGCUGGCGCUAUGGCCACUCUUACGCCGGGCCACAACCUGAAGGGUCCCAAGAUCAAGAUGCUGCAGCACACUUAUGACACGAUCGCCAAGCAGUUCGGACUGGUGCGCAAGAGCGAGUUCCGAGCCAAGCUGGGUGCUGAGGACGAUCCGCUGUACAUCGCCUAUCCCCCACAUGGCAUGGGCACGAAGGGUAUGCGGGCCGUGCUUCAUUUCUUCGAGGAUUAGAUUUUCUUCUAGAGAAAACUUGACAAGAUACACAUGGAUAUGACACUUAGAGAGAAUACUCUACUUGAUCUUACUGCCUCCGAAGAUGGUUCGUCAGUUCUGGGUUGUUGCUGCUACUGCCUUUUCAUUAUUCCCCCUUCUGUUUUGGUACUUGAUUGCUCGAUUUCCCCCCUCUGAUACCGUCUUUCGUUUCGAUCUAGCUGAUGAUACAUAAUUUCGCUGUCAAAAUAGACGCACCCCCAUGCCAUGAUUGAAUGAUUUAAUGUUACUAUGCCUGCCCCUUUGCGAUAUGUAUGUUACCCCGAUAACCAAGAACAUAACCCCGCAUUGUUUCACAAUGAAAUCACCUUCGAUUAGAACUA